GACGAUUCUGAAGAGUCUAGUGAUGAUGAUUCUGAAGAAGAUUACGACCUUGCCACCACAAUUUUCAAUGAAAUCAAAGAUGAAUCCUAUAUUUGUUUGAUUUGUACCUGUGAAGUUGGUCCUAGUAACAAAUUCUGGUCAUGUACUGAUUGUUAUAGAGUUUAUCAUAUCUCAUGUAUUGAUAGCUGGUCCAAGAAAGGUUCUUCAACAGACGCUGAAGGUAACUGGAAGUGUCCAUCAUGUAAUUCGACUCAUAGAAAACAGAAAUUUCAAGAUAAAUGUUGGUGUAAGAAAGUGCUUCACCCUUCCAAGAAUCCAUUACACCCAGGUAGUUGUGGUCAGACUUGUGGUGUCCCACUAGAAGGUUGUAUCCAUAAAUGUUCAUUACCAUGUCAUCCAGGUCCUCAUGCUACUUGUAAUGCCUUGGGUCCAAUUACCAAAUGUCAUUGUGGUAACCACGAAAAUCAAUGGCCAUGCGUUUUAACGCCCUACAUUGAUGGGUGGCACUGUGACGAUGUUUGUGAAGAAACACUUCCAUGUGAAUUGCAUAAAUGUGGCAAAGUCUGCCAUGAUGGAUUGUGUGGAAAAUGUGAACAAUUUGUUGAAUCAACAUGCUAUUGUGGUAAGACAAAAGAUAAUAUCAAAUGCCAUUUAAGACAACCAAAGAAAAGUUUUGGUGAAACCAAGGAGGAUAAUUGGAUUGGUAAUUUCCAAUGUUCUUUAAGCUCUGAAAUUACUUAUGAUUGUGGGUUUCACUCAUGUACUAAACUUUGUGAACCAGCUAGAAGAAAAGCUUUGCAUUGUCCACUAAGCCCAGAUCUAAUUAAAACUUGUCCUUGUGGUCAAACUUCCAUCGAAGAAUUAAAUGAUGGCGCUAAUAGAAACUCAUGUUCAGAUCCAGUCCCAACUUGUUCCAAAAUUUGUGGCAAAACAUUACCAUGUGGUCAUAAAUGUAAAUGGGAAUGUCAUGAAGGUGAAUGCUCCCCAUGUUAUGAGUUUAUUGAUUCAAAAUGUUCUUGUGGGUUCAACAGUUUUAUUGUUCCCUGUAAAUUUUUGCAACAGCAUUCAAGUCCAAGUUGUACAAGAAAAUGUACUUCAUUGUUAUCAUGCCGUCGUCACAGGUGCAACAGAAUCUGUUGUCCAGAUGAACAAGCUGCAAUGACUAGGGAAAGAUUACGGAAGAAGGGGUUAAGAAACAACACCUUACCAACCAGCACCAGAAAUAACAGGUCAGAAGAAACUUUCAACAUUGAAGCAACUCAUAUUUGUUUGCAAAUCUGUAACAGAAAGCUAUCAUGUGGUAACCCAGAUCAUGUUUGUCAUCAGACUUGUCAUACAGGUCCUUGUCCACCUUGUUUAGAAUCUUCAAAUGAUGAUUUAGUUUGUCAUUGUGGUCAAACAGUUGUUAUGGCACCUGUUCGUUGUGGUACACAGUUACCAGAAUGUCAUUCCCAAUGUCAAAGAGAAUUACCUUGUGGUCAUCAACAAAUGCCUCAUAAUUGUCACCCAGAUGAUGUUCCUUGUCAGAAAUGUACCAAAACUGUUGAAAAAUGGUGUAAUUGUGGUAAAAAGAAGGUUAAAGCAAUGUGUUAUCAAGAUGAAGUAUUUUGUGGUGAGAAAUGUGAGAAACUAUUACCUUGUCAACAUCAUUGCAAAGAGAGUUGCCAUAGUGGUGAUUGUGUUUGUCAUUCCAUUUGUGGUAAGAAGAAGAAAUAUUGUAAACAUGUUGAUAGAUCUCCAUGUCAUUACCCUUCAAGAUGUGACGAUUCAGGUAUUUGUAACCAAAUGGUUAGUUUGUCUUGUAAAUGUGGAAGAAUCAAACAGAAAAUUCCUUGUGGUGCUAGUGCUAGUAAACAAAGCUGUGCUGGUACAUUAUUGGAUUGUGAAGUUUCAUGUGUGGUUCAAGAGAGACAAGAACAAUUAUCUCAGGCAUUUGGAUUCCAAAGCAAAUCAUCAGAUGAACCAAAAAUUAAUGUAAAUGAUAUUCCUUACACUCCAAAGACUUUGAAAACCUAUGAAUUACAAAAGAAAUGGUGUUCCAACAUCGAAGAUAUGCUUAAAUCAUUCAUCAAUUCUGAUAAACAAAGUUUCCAUUUCAAGCCAAUGAGAAGAGAACAACGUGAAUUUGUCCAUGAAAUAGCUGAAACAUACAAUUUAUUUUCCGAAUCUCAAGAUCCAGAACCUCAAAGAAGUGUUUUCAUAAUGAAACGUGCACUAUCUCAUAUUCCAGAUCUCUCAUUGAGUAAAUCGUUAGCUGCUUAUGAAAGGCAUUUGAAGGAAUCCACAAAGACUUUAAAGAAACCAGUCUCUAUGAUCACUCCAGAAUUUGCUGACUUUAAUGCAAUUUUAAUUGAAGAUUGUAUACCUGGUGUUACUAGACCAGAUUUAGAGGAGACUAUUUUACCAAUGUUGAAAGAAAAUAGUCUGAUCAAAAACCCAGAACUUGCUUGGAUUGAGAGUGACAAAUAUCUAAUCAUUCCACAAGCUCAUAUGUCAAUUACUAGAACAAUGGAAAAUCAAUUGAAGUUAUUAGUCCCUAAUUUGAGAGCCAUGUUGAGCUUGAAAUUUUUGGCUAAUACUGUGAAAUUGGCUAAGUUGGAUGAU